GCGGCGCGCAGGGCCAUGUCGGCGCCGUGCCUGCGCCUGCCCGCCGCCGGGUCAGCACCGGCGGAGGCGGACAGCGCCGGCGGCAUGGAGCCGCCCGGGGCCGCCGCCCUGGAGCUGGCCCUGGAGGAGGAGCUGGCGCUGCUGGCCGCCGCCGGGGAGCCGCCGGAGCCGCCGCCCGCCGCCGCCGCCCGCGAUCCCGAGCUGCUCUCGCUGAUCCGGCAGAAGGAGAAGGACCUGGUGCUGGCGGCGCGGCUGGGCAAGGCGCUGCUGGAGCGCAACCAGGACAUGAGCCGGCAGUACGAGAGGAUGCACAAGGAGCUCACCGACAAGCUGGAGCACCUGGAACAAGAGAAACACGAAUUGCGGCGGCGGUUUGAGAACAAGGAGGGAGAGUGGGAAGGAAGGGUGUCUGAACUGGAGAGCGACGUGAAGCAGCUGCAGGACGAGCUGGAGAAGCAGCAGGUCCACCUGCGCGAAGCUGACCGGGAGAAGACGCGCGCUGUCCAGGAACUCUCCGAGCAGAACCAAAGACUCCUGGACCAGCUCAGCAGGGCAUCUGAGGUGGAGCGGCAGCUCUCCCUGCAGGUCCACACCCUCCGGGAAGACUUCCGGGAGAAGAAUUCCUCCAGCAGCCAACACAUCGUGCGGCUGGAGAGCCUCCAGGCCGAGCAGGUCCUUGAAAUCAAAAUGCUGACAGACAGGAAGCGGGAGCUGGAGCAUCGCCUCAGUGCCAUGAUGGAGGAGAACGACCUGCUCCAGGGAACCGUGGAGGAGCUGCAGGACCGAGUCCUCAUCUUGGAGAGACAAAGCCAUGACAAGGACCUGCAGCUGCACCAAAGCCAGUUGGAGCUCCAGGAGGUGAGGCUGUCCUACAGGCAGCUGCAGGGCAAGGUGGAGGAGCUCAGCGAGGAGAAAAGUCUCCAAAACCUCCACACAACCAGCACAUCCCUGCUCUCUGAGAUAGAGCAGAGCAUGGAGGCAGAGGAGCUGGAGCAAGAACGAGAACAGCUGAGGCUGCAGCUCUGGGAGGCGUACUGCCAAGUGCGGUACCUCUGCUCCCACCUGCGAGGCAACGACAGCGCCGACUCGGCCGUGUCCACUGACUCCUCCAUGGACGAGUCCUCAGAAACCUCAUCAGCCAAAGAUGUGCCAGCCGGGAGCCUGCGGGCAGCUCUCAGUGAGCUCAAGAGACUGAUACAAAAUGUGCUGGAUGGGGCAGACUCCACGAGCUCUCGGCGAAGCGACGACGACACCUUAGAGGAACAGAUCAGGAGAACAAGUGAGGAUUCGCGAGCCCUGAGGGAAUUAAUGGAGGGAGAACGGGGGAAACUGAGGCAGAGUUUGGAGGAGCUGCAGCGACUGCACAGCCAGGUGACGCUGCUGAGUGUGGAGAUGACGACGCUGAAGGAGGAGCGGGACCGGCUGCGCGGCGCUGCCGAGGACAAGGAGGCGAGCGAACGGCUCCUCCAGGCCAUCAGGGACCGCGACGAGGCCAUCGCCAAGAAGAACGCGGUGGAGGUGGAGCUGACCAAGUGCAAGAUCGACAUGAUGUCCCUCAACAGCCAACUCCUGGAUGCCAUCCAGCAGAAGGUGAACCUCUCGCAGCAGCUGGAGGCCUGGCAGGAUGACAUGCACAGGGUCAUUGACCAGCAGCUGAUGGACAAACACCCGAAGGAAUGGAGCCAGCUUGCUUAUUCCUUCUCCAGUGGCUCCGGCGCCAAGCGGAGUGCCAGGCCCUCCCCCGCGCUCAGGCCGGAGCAGCAGGGGGACGAGCCCGGCGGGGCUGAAGGAAACCGUCUCUUCUCCUUUUUCAAGAAAAAUUAA